AUGCAAUCCCUAUUGCUCGCCCUGUCCCUUGUGGGACUAAGCAGUGCCCAAGAGAUGUUCGAAAAGCGAGGAGGAAAGCAGAGCAGUGCCAUGGAGAUGUGGUAUGAAGCCUACAACGAUGACCUGGCUCGCUAUACCAUCCUCUCUCUUGGCUGUGCUGCCGCCGCAUACUAUGUCUGGUCUCUCGCCUUCCGAUUCUCGGGCCACCUGCGACGACUGGCCACUUUCACCGACGACAAGCAGAAGUACUUCGUACCUGCUCACGACAAAUUCUGCUGGCUGAAGGAGCACUUGAUCUAUGCUCCCCUGUUCGGGAUCCGCCACAAUCGCGAAUUCCAGCUUUCGGCGGCUAUCAAUAUGGGUAACCUGCCCAGCCGGUUCCACGGCUUCCUCGUUGUCAGUGUUGUUGCCAUGAAUGUCGUUCUCUGCACGGUGACUACGCCUUACAACUCUGAGGAAGACACUCUGGCAGGCAUUGUGCGUAAUCGUACUGGUACUAUGGCGACCGUCAACCUGAUCCCUCUAAUCAUCAUGUCUGGCCGCAACAACCCUCUCAUCGCUAUGCUGCACGUUCCCUUCGAUACCUGGAACCUCCUCCACCGCUGGCUGGGCCGUAUUGUGGUGUGCGAGGCUCUCGCUCACACGUUUGCCUGGGCUAUCCCCAAAGGCCAGGAAGCUGGAUGGAACAUCGUUGCAAAGUCCAUGGUUUCCAGCAGCUUCCUUUUCGCCGGCUUGGUAGCUACCGCUGCCCUCACAGCCCUUUUGCUACAUUCGCCAUCCGCCAUUCGUCACGCUUUCUACGAGACGUUCCUCCACCUCCACAUUGCCAUUGCUGCCGUAUCCUUCGGUUUCCUAUGGGUACAUCUCAAUGGCCUAGUAGCUCAAAAGUAUCUGUUUGCCACUAUCAUUCUCUGGGCCCUGGAACGCGCUACUCGUCUCUUCAUCAUCGUGUAUCGCAACUUCGGCCGCGAGUCCACCACUGCGACUAUCGAGGCCAUGCCUGGUGACUGCAUGCGCAUCAGUCUCCGCAUGGCUCGCCCCUGGACCUUCAAACCUGGCCAGCACAUCUACCUCUACAUCCCAGCCGUUGGCUGGUGGACCUCGCACCCCUUCUCCGUCGGCUGGAGCGAGAUCGAGGAGACCAUGUCUGACGAAAAGGCCCUUCCAGUCGCCAGACAAGAUCUUCUCGGUGGGCCGCAGAAGACAACUCUCUCCCUUCUCGUCCGCCGCCGCACCGGCAUGACCGAUAAUCUCUUCCAGCGAGCUUCGAAUGCCCUAGGCUCUCGGAUAACCCUACAAGCCUACGCCGAAGGACCCUACGGCAACAUCCACUCCAUGGACUCUUACGGCACGGUAAUGCUCUUCGCUGGCGGCGUGGGUAUCACCCACCACGUCCCCUUCGUCCGACACCUAGUUGCCGGCUUCGCCGACGGCACCGUGGCAACCCGCCGCCUCACCCUGGUCUGGAUCAUCCAGUCCCCGGAACACCUGGAGUGGAUCCGGCCCUGGAUGACCAGUAUUCUGGCCAUGGAGCGCCGCCGCGAAGUACUCCGCAUCAUGCUCUUCGUCACUCGACCUCGCAGUACGAAAGAAAUCCAGAGUCCCUCUGCUACCGUGCAGAUGUUCCCCGGCCGACCGAACAUCGACACCCUUAUUGGCAUGGAGGCUGAGAAUCAGAUUGGUGCCAUGGGCGUGCUAGUCUGUGGUAACGGUGGUUUGAGCGAUGAUGUGCGCAAGGUGUGCCGCAGAAGACAGGCCAAGUCGAAUAUUGACUAUGUCGAGGAGAGUUUCUCGUGGUAG